GAGAGCUUAGUUCUGUGCCGUCUGUGCUACAGAGCAGUAAUUCUAACAACGUCGUUAAUUCUGAGCAUCGAAACUUCGUUAGGAACUUCCAGAACAGUUUUAUGGCGAAAGCCAUAGUUUAGAAGUGAAGAGGAAUAAAAUUGAGGCGAGGAAGCACGGACACGAAAACUCGAAAUGGGAAGCGAUUUGAGCGACGAUGAAGAUGUUCUCAAAACUCCAAAGUUCGCUCGAAGAAGCUCCAGAUUUAGCAUCACACAGUCUACACCAGGAACGGGCUCGUCGUUGAUGGGCUCGGUAAUUCUCGGCCCAAUUUCGGACGAAGUUCUCCGAAUAUGGUGUCAGCUUCCGGAGUGUAUUCGUCUCGAUCCGAGUUUAGGAGCGAUACAACGCGAAUAUGAGAGGAUCGCGCUCACUGCAGGACACUCACGAUCUCUUUGCGGGCCAAAGCCGGAGGACACCGUUGUCGUAAACAUGUCGAUAACCGCUCAUCAGUCGCCAUCAACAAAGAUCAAAGGCGCAGCAGCCGAACUAGGAAACGACCUCGGCGCUCAUGGUCGGAGUUAUCAAAACCGCAGCCCUGUUUAUCGCUACUCGAAAUUAGUGUUACUCAUCUGUUGCUGGAUCACAUUUACUGUUGUUUUGAUGGCCAAAGGUCCGAAGGUUCCAAACAUGUCGGACGUCGUAGUUUCGCAUGGUCGAAUAGAAAGUUACCCAAUUCCGGAAGAUCCGACGAGUGCUCGCGUGAGCAUCAUGCUCGAGGGUCCAUUUAUAGCGGGGUCCGAUGGUCACAUAAAAACCAGUGGAACGACGCCUCGGUUGAUCGUCUGGCUGGAGGCGACGGGAGGGCGAGCGAUGAGCGACAAUGCAUCUGUCAAAAGCCACCAGAACCUUCGAUGCUCGAUGAAUUCUACGGAAGAGUGGAUCGUGCCGAUUUUCCCGGUCGACGCGAUCGACUUGGCGCCCAUUACGGAGCAGACAAGAAUCUUCGAAUUGAAGAAUCUCACCGACGAAUGCAGCGCAAGUUCGAAGCAAAGCAUCGUCGUUAAGGUGGCCACCGAUUUACCUACGAACUUGUCGAUCUCGAUCGCUUACGAUCUUUUCCCUUCGAAUGUCGAGGACGGAAUCGCCUACGGAGCUUGCGUUCUCGUCGGUCUUUACAUCGUCAUUAUAUUUGAGGUCAUUCACCGAGCUUUGGCAGCCAUGAUGGCUUCGACGAUGUCCAUCGCCAUUUUGACUGCUUUCGACGCGCGACCCUCGAUGGCGGAGCUCAUAUCUUGGAUCGACAUCGACACCCUCCUCCUUCUGUUCUCGAUGAUGAUACUCGUCGCCAUUUUUGCUGAGACAGGAAUAUUCGACUACGCAGCAGUCUACGCGUUCAAAGUAACCGGUGGGAAACUGUGGCCGUUGAUCAACAUCCUCUGUUUCUUCACUGCCUUCAUUUCAUCCUUCCUCGACAACGUGAGCACCGUUUUGCUCAUGACCCCCGUGACCAUAAGGCUCUGCGAAGUUAAGCAACUGAAUCCUGUGCCGAUCCUGACGGCUAUGAUUGUUUUUUCUAAUAUCGGAGGAGCCGCGACGCCUGUCGGGGAUCCACCGAACGUCAUAAUUGCGUCGAACCGAGAUGUCGCCGCUGCGGGCGUAACCUUCGGCACUUUCACGCUGCACAUGGGAACGGGAGUGGUGAUCGUCCUCGCUGUCGUUUACGCCCAACUGCGAUUUAUCUUCCGAGACGUUUCGGUUUUGACGUUCGACGAGCCUCAAGACGUCCAGGAACUGCGCCACGAAAUCGCCGUUUGGCAGCGAGCUGCCUGCAGCCUCUCAAGUUACAGCAAAGAGGAAAAUCUCGUGCGUUCGACUCUCGUGAAAAAAAUUCAUCGGUUGAGCGCACUGCUCGAAAAAAAAUUACUCACCGGAAGCGUCGCUAUGGAAAAGUACAAAACUACCCUCGAGGAACUUCAGGAAAAGUACCCAAUCACGAACCGAUCGCUCCUCAUCAAAUCAAGCAUCGCCCUCACUUUCGUCAUUCUUCUAUUUUUCCUUCACAACCUGCCCAGCUUGCAUCUCUCCCUUGGCUGGAUCGGCCUUCUCGGCGUUCUCUUGCUCCUGGUCCUCGCUGAUUUUCAGGAUAUCGAAGCCAUCCUUGCCAGAGUCGAGUGGAGCACUCUACUGUUUUUCGCCUCCUUGUUUGUCCUCAUGGAAGCUCUUUCAAAAUUGGGGCUAAUCACAUGGGUCGGACAGCUAACGGAAAAUGUGAUUUUCACUGUUAGCGAAGAAUCGCGUCUCGGCGUUGCGAUUAUUUUGAUUUUAUGGGUUUCGGCGUUGGUCAGUGCUUUCGUGGACAACGUGCCAUUGGCAACGAUGAUGGUCAGAAUUUCAACGAAUUUGGCGAACAACGAAAAGCUCAAUUUGCCACUUCAACCGUUGGUUUGGGCCCUCGCCUUUGGGGCUUGUCUCGGAGGCAACGCCACUCUCAUUGGAGCGACCGCUAACGUUGUUUGCGCCGGAGUCGCUGAACAGCACGGUUAUCGAUUUUCGUUCGUUAAAUUUUUCAAGGUUGGUUUUCCUAUAAUGGUUUCGAGCACAGCAACCAUAACGGUAUAUUUGAUCGUGUGCCACGUAGUCUUCGAUUGGAACUGAUCGCUUUCGAGAAAACAACCAAAAGUGAUGUGCUACAUAUUUGUUUCAGAAUUCUGCUUUAUCGACGACCGAAUAGAUUUUUCCACCUGAUGAAAUUGUGGCUCUACCUGGCGCAGUAUGCUGCGAUCAAUCGAGUUCCUGCACGCGACGUCGUUUUCUGUCGGAUGGUACUGUCGAGUCUCCUCAAUUUAUAGACGAUAAAAAAAAACGAAUUUUGACAUUAAUUCGAGGAGGAAAAAUCAAAAAUCGUUUUUUAACCGAGGCAAUAAUUCUUCUCAAGGAAUUUUACAUAUUUUAAUAUAUUUGCCACAAAAAAUACCCUCGAAAUUGGAAACCCUGCUGAAAAAUCGUACACCAACAUCCUCGUAUUUCCAUACAAAAACCAUGAUCGGUGGAAGGUUCAAAAAAUCAAUUUAAGGCGGUAAAAUAUGUAAGAAA